GCAAAAUUUCAAAUAUGUCCGAUAUUUCCUAACAUGUUCUCCGACCUGCCAAAUCACCCGAGAGUUCAACUAGUACGAAGAAGGACACCUCCAAUUCUUCCCUACAAGGAUCCAAAUAAAUCCAUCAAGCCUUAUGAUCCAGCUUUGAGCCGGCAACCAGACGUACUAGGUGCAGAUAGAUUAAAAUAUUUUUGUCCAAUCGUGAAUUUUCCACCUAAAGAUGCUCUGCAUCAACACGCUCUCACUUUCACUAUAGAAAAAGUCGAAAAGAAAGUUUCUGCUCAUGCCAGCGACAAGAAAAAGGAAGUGUCUGUAGAGACAAAAUUUAGAGAGUCGAGUGCGCAAACUGAACCCUGGGAGCCUCCCUAUAAGAUUAUUGGAAAGGGAGAUCCGGAGAUCCUGAAAUUGGAGUUUUUGAAAUGGGGUAGUGGACUUCCGGCUGGUAUGCAUGAAGUCCGUCUAAUAGAAAGAGCGAGAAUGAAAGCUGCUUGGGAAAAAUCCAUUCAACCCGAUAUAAAAAAUGAAAAUUCACUUGUUCAAUUUCGAGAUUAUCUGGAGGCCUUGGAAAGAGAUGAAUGGGCAUUUAGGGAACAAGAGAUUCGCGAAAUUCAGGAACUUCGAUUACAACUUCUUGAAAACAUGUUGAAUGAAAUUCAUGAAAAGUCGCAAACGAGAACCCAAAUGAAACUUAAACAUUUUGCGGCUAAGAAAGAAGCGGAGAAAGCGGAACAGUUAGCUAAAAUUCGGAAAAAGACGGCGAGAGAACUUCGAAAACUCGAAACUCAAAGGAGGGGAAUCAGCAAAAAAUAUCAUGAAAUUAAUAUAAUCGAUGAGCAUAUGGAUAAGAAAUCAGAAAUAUACGGCCCGCUGAUAAGGUACGGUGAACAUCCUAAACGCUGGCAUCAAGUCAUCGAUGAAAAACUUAAAAAGUACAAAGCACAAUUUAUAGGUGUGGAAAACUUCAGUACAUUACCAAGAUGGAUUGAUCAAGCCACAAAGAUCGGCAAAUAUGAACUACAAUCCAAAUGGAAAGGCAAAGGAUUAUGUAUUAGAGAAACUAAAUGGUCUGCUCCUGUUCUGAAAGAACUUCAUAAAGAACUCAAAGGUCUUCAUAAAGAAGAUGUGAAACAACCUCUCUCUUUGCGAACAAAGGUGGAAACUACAAUAGAAGAUUCAAACACUCCAGAGGUUGAAGGUAUUCCAGAAGUAGAAGAACAGAAGUACCAAGCAGCUAUUCUACUUCAAAAAGUUAUAAAGGGCCGAGCUGCACAAAUAAUGAUAUACGAAGGUAGAGAUACUUGCAAGGAACUAAUACUGGAACUAAAACAUUCAGUGGGGCUGCUGAGGGCACAGAAAGAGGAAAAAACAAAACAAAAAUUCAAAGUGAAGGCUCAACAAAGAGAAGAGUGUAUUCAACUGAAUAUGGUUCAAAGGCUCCAAGGAUCACUUGGAAAACUUCAAGGAGCUGUAGUUGGCACCCUACUCGACUUUCUGAAUAAGGAACUGAGACGGCUUCUAGAAGAACGGAAAGCACAUGCUAUGUGUUUACUGAAUGAAAGAGAGAGGUAUAUACGUGAGGCUGCAGAAGGUGGAAGACGGCAAAAAGAGUUGAGAAGGAGAAGAGAACAUGAUGAGAUGUUCAAGCAAAUAGUCAAAGUCACUCAAGAAAGUGUUGAUGUAUACCUUCAGGAUAUUAUAACAGAAGGGAUGGAGUUUGCAUCAAAUGAAGAAGCAAAUGAGUAUGUCCUAAAAUUGGCACAAAAAAUUGAGAAAGAAACAGAUGAAGCAUAUAAAAAAGCUCACACUACUUCAACAGAUAAACAAGAUGAAAUGAUUGCUGACCUCAUUCUUCAUUUUGUUUUACCAGAUGUGGAAAAAAAAAUUAUUCGGGACAAGAUUUCAAAACAACAAAAACACAAUUUGAAAACUAUUCAUGAAAGCAUUUAUUCCAAAUUUGAAAGUUUACCCAAAAUUGAGCCAGAGCCUACCGCAAGCAUUAUUGUAUCUGAAGUCAUAGAGAAUAUAGAAUCAAGGGUUUUCAAUACAAUAUGUGAUCAGUCAAGUCCAUUAGAGCUGUCGAGCUUGAAGGAGUAUAAAGAUCCUUUUGAAGAAUAUUUAGCUCGACUCAUGGCUGACGAAUGCAAAUAUGAUGAGGAUCCAGUUGGAGAUAUUAAUGAUUCUAAUGAUUCAAAUGAAUUCGAAUUUCGUAAUGAUAUAUUAGAAACUAUUACUGAAGUUGAUUCAGAAAGUAGUUCAAAUAAAGAAAAAUAAAAUAUGUCUUGUGCAUAUAUUUGCAUUAGGUGAAGAAUAAUAAAAAUAUAAAAUUACAGAGGUA